AUGUAUAGACCAGGGAAAAGCAAGACCCCUCGCAGGCACUGCAUGAAAAAAACACCCAACCCAGAGAAAGAUCCUGUUGGAGUGUUUUGCCGUAUACGCCCACUUGAAGAUGAGAAUGAGGAAUGUUGUGUUGAAAUGAUCAGCAAUUCCACUAUUCAGCUACAUGCCCCUGAUGGCCUAAAAGCCAACCGCAAUGGAGAAUACAAAGAGAUGCAGUACUCCUUCAAAAAAGUCUUUGGUAUAAAUACCACUCAAAUGGAGCUCUUUGAGGUGGUUGCCAAACCUCUAGUAGAGGACCUCAUUCAGUGUAAAAAUGGUCUGCUGUUUACAUAUGGUGUCACUGGAAGUGGUAAGACCUUCACUAUGACCGGCUCGCCUGGAGAGGGUGGACUUCUACCUCGCUCCCUGGACAUGCUCUUCAACAGUAUUGGCCCUUUUCAGGCCAAAAGAUUUGUGUUCAAGUCAGAUGACAAAAAUGGGAUUGACAUCCAGAAUGAUGUUGACGCUCUCCUGGAGAGACAGAAGCGAGAUGCUCAACCUUUAAUGCCCAAAACAAACUCCUCGAGGCAGAAGGCAGACCCAGAAUUUGCAGACAUGAUCAGUCCACAAGGGGAAUGUAAAGCUGAGAAUGUGGAUGAAGACUGUUGCUACAGUAUCUUUGUGUCUUACAUUGAGGUCUAUAACAACUACAUCUAUGAUCUUCUUGAAGACGCCCCCUUUGAUCCUAUUAGACCAAGAGCGCCUCAAUCCAAGAUUCUACGUGAAGAUCAAAAUCAUACCAUGUAUGUUGCUGGCUGCACAGAAGUUGAGGUCAAAUCUACAGAGGAGGCAUUUGAAGUAUUCUGGAGGGGUCAAAAGAAAAGGAGGAUUGCAAACACUCAACUGAACCGUGAAUCCAGUCGUUCCCACAGCGUCUUUACUUUAAAGCUGGUUCAGGCACCUCUCGAUUCUGAUGGUGACCACAUUCUACAGGACAAAAACCAGGUGACUGUGAGCCAGCUGUGUUUGGUUGACCUGGCAGGUAGCGAACGCACCAGCAGAACAAGAGCAGAGGGGAGCCGUUUGCGUGAAGCAGGUAAUAUAAAUCAGUCUUUGAUGACCCUGCGCACAUGUAUGGAAGUCCUCCGAGAGAACCAGAUGUGUGGAACAAAUAAGAUGGUGCCAUACAGGGAUUCUAAAGUCACUCAUCUUUUUAAGAACUACUUUGAUGGAGAGGGAAAGGUUAAGAUGAUUGUCUGCGUCAACCCAAAAGCUGACGAUUACGAGGAAACAAUGGCUGUAAUGCGGUUUGCAGAGAUGACACAGGAAGUGGAAGUUGCACGGCCAGUUGAUAGGCCAAUCUGUGGUCUUGCUGCAGGACGUAGGCAAAAAAAUCAGGCCUUCAAGGAGGAGUUGUCCCGUCGCCUGGAUGAACGAGGGAUUGUAGAUGACCCAGCUCUGCUUGAUCAACUGAUUGAAAGCUUUCCACCUUUGCCUCCCUGUGACCUGGUGGAUCCAGGAGAUGAUCAGACUCUACCACGCCUGAUUGAGGUUCUGGAGAGAAGGCAUCGUAUUCGCCAGCUGAUGACUGAGCAGUUCAAGAAAACUGCCAAUAUGCUGAAUUCCAUGCUUCAGCAGUGUGAUGGUCAGUUUGGUGUUAAUCAAAACUUAAUCCAAGACCAGCAAAGCAAUUUGAGCGAGAAGGAAAAGGUUAUUUUCAACCAAAGGGCAGAGAUCGAACGACUAACAAAGAAAUCCAAGACCAUGGAGUAUAAGAUUGAUAUUCUGCAAAAGACCACAAACAUGUAUGAAGAUGACAAACGCUUGCUAAAGCGGGAGCUGGAAACACAUUCUCAGAAGCUCCAGGAGGAACUGUUACAGAGGAAGCGAAUGGAGAAGUACAUGCAGGGAUUGGUCUCGGACACAAAACACAAAUGGGAAAAGGAGUGUGAGAGAAGGGUGAAUGCCAAACAGCUGGAGAUGCAGAACAAGUUAUGGGUGAGAGAUGAAAAGUUGAAGCAGCUCAAAGCGAUUGUUGCUGAGAACAGCAGCAGCAGUAACGCAGAGCGACCAGAAAAACCAGAACGGCCCUCCAGAAACGGAGAUCACAACUACGGCCAGAAGAGGUCUGGCUCGCCAUCACCGCCUCCUGACACCCGACAAGCAUCUUCCCAACAAAGUCAAGUUAAAUUUAGAACAGUUCAGGAUGAAUCCCCCACCAACGGUUCAUCUUAUACAUCAGUGGCAACCUCCAUAUCUGUGUGGGAGCAGAGGUGCCCUGUAGACUCAUUCUCGCAAAAUAGAGAAGCGGGGACCCCUCGGUGCAGGAACUGGACUCCUGCCAGCAGUGCGUGUCGCAGGAGAGGCCAACGCUUUGCCCCCGAAACUGAGGCCCCUGCAACCCGUCUGGUCAAUGAUCUAGACCUAGAGGCAGGCAUAAGGGCGACUCGGGAAAUUAAUCCAGUGCACAGACGUUCACACUCUGCAGGUGGGGUGAAAUGGGUAGACCACAAACCAGCUUCUAAUGUCGACAUAGGCACUGUCAUGCAGCCAAUCAUACCCAAUGCAAUCCAAGUGUCUUCCCCAAGUGAGAAAACUCUGGAUAAAUGUCAAAAGUAUGUUCUUAGACAUCAAGAGCUUGCCUCUGAUGGGGAGAUUGCCACCAAGUUGAUCAAGGGAAACAUUUUUAAAACAAGAAGUGGGGGAAAGGCUGUAGAGUUCACUGAUGUUGAGACAUUACGGCAGGAGGGCCCAAUUGCGCCAAGUCGCAAGAGGAGAUCAGGUUCUGCAGAGACACAAAAUAACACACCAGACCAAGAAAAUUGGGCUCCUGGUGAAAGCACAAGCAUGGCCCUUGGGUAUCAAAAAGAAGGCCACCUGGCCGACGACCGGCGGCUUGUUGCACACCAUGGUCGCCAGCCGAUAAAGGUGUGCCCGCCUAUUGAGCGCUAUCCUCGGCUUGGGCACGGGCAGCCCCCCGCUCUAGUCUCCGGUUCUCGAUGA